GAUGAACCAAAUGACACAGAUGACCCAGAGCAACAGAAACUAUUUCAGUGUGUGUCAGGAAAUAUGGAUAGCAAAAGGAUUCGACUGUACCUCGGCCUGGACAAUCUGGUGGUGGAUUGCAUGCUCCAGAAGAAACCAGGCGGCUCAGCUAGACAGUACCAGAACCAACUGAAGCUCUACACAUCAUCUGGUCUCCUGCCCACCAUGGCCAUCUAUAACAGCACUAACUCAGCCACCUUCCCCUUUAAAUUAAUUAUGAAUGCAUCCACCUGGAGAGUGAACGUCCCCAGAUACAACAUUACUAUCAACACAGUGGCAGCACCUGUGGAUGAGUGGUAUGUGGAGUUCAGUAUGUUCCAUGGCYUCUCYAUGUUCAGCAGCAAGGGAUCCAUCCUGGACACACUGAAGGGAACACUACUGGAUGUGGCCAGAGGUUGGACUAGGGGACGGAAGGGCCUAUUGUGAAUUUAUGACAAAGCCCUGGGUGUUUUGAAUUUGGAUAUUUUUGCCAAUGACUAAAGAAAAUAGUGUACUCUGAUUAAUUGCGGUGCCUGUUUACCUCUAGGUGGCAAUCUUUUCUUUAUGAUCAUAACGCCGGAUAGCUGAGAGGAGAUGGGGUUUUCCACAAGGAUAAUAUGGUUAAAGGCGUUGAUAGUAUUUCCUAUAUUAUCUAUCUAUCCCCUAUUAACAUUUUACAUUAUGUUAUAGUCAUUCAGCAGACGCUUUUAUCCAGAGCGACUUACAGUUAGUAAGUCAAUUAGACUUACAUUAAAGGGGCAUUCUGGGGCCUCCCGAGUG